GACUGGGAUUUGCUUGCUCCUGUGUCAUGUACCAUGCAGGUAUCAUGCGUGUUUUGGACUUCUCUGUUCUCAGCCGAAGCAAGCAGAUUCUUUGCAUCUGUUCUGCUUUUUCAAGUUAACCUACUCUCCCUCCCUGCCCCCUGCCAGUCUCCCCGCUUAAUUUUGCCUUGACUUGAAGUGGUUUUAAAGCCAGAAAAUCUGAACUUGGUGUCACUGUAGAUUUCCCCUGUAAAAGAAAAGAAAUGUAUUUACAAGUGUACAAAAGGCUGAGUAGAGUAAAUACUUUUUGUAAAAGCAAAUUCAGGAGCUCAGAGGCAGGAAUUGCUGUGGUUUCAUUCCCCUUGCCAAUACCCCGACUGCUUCCAGAAAUGCUGUAGUAGGCAGCAAGCAGUUUCCUCACCUCUCUCUCAAUAAAUUAAUUCUGAGCCAGCCACAAAUCACUUUGAACUGUCAAAGCAAACCUGUAACGUCAUUUUUUUGAAAACCCAUGCUGUGCAGUCCAUCAUCGAGUAAAUAUUGAGAAGUCGGUAAUUUCCACUUGAGAGUUAUAAAGCUGCUGUCUCCCUCCCCUCUCCUGCAGCUUCUGCUGUGAAGGCUGAUCGCUGCUUGUACAGUGGAUGGAAAAGCUGGGAGGGGUAAGAGGAUGAAGAGAAGGGAGGGACAGGCAAUGCGAGAGCAGGAGACAGGACUGAGAGUGGAGCAGCAAGCGUGGAGCUCGCUGCCUUCAGACAAAGCACUCCGCCGCAUCUCUCCGCAAGGACACACAAUCGCCUAGUAAAGGGACGCGGAUCUCUGGUUGCUCACGGACCGCAGCGGAUCGCCAGGAGGGAAGGAUGGAGAGCCUGGGCAAGCAGGAGCUUGUUGCAUAAAUUCCCGGUUUAGUGGCUACCCUUCUGCAUGGGCUGCAUUAGGGGAGGGAGACAGAAAGCUUCUGCAAUCUCUGCAUCUCUCGUGCUGCAGCCUGCACUAGACAGACCGGCCGGCGCUCGUGAACUCGCCGAGUGUGGCUCGCCUAGUGGAGGAGCUCCCCUGUGGACCAGAGCGGCAGGAUCCCGUGCCCCAGGAAUUUCCAGAUCACGCCGUGAGCUCUGCGUCGUGCAGCUGUUGCAGCGGGGCAGGGGUGGGAAGGAUGACUUGGAAAGUGCCAGACAGCUUCACCUGACCUGGAGGUUCAAAGAAAGCAAACUUGGUUUUCCUGAUCGUCAUCUUUUAUUUGCAUAUACCCUUGAAACACAGAUGUACUAAGAAGGCUGCAAAAAUUCUGCGUGUUUUGCAUACCAAUUCUCUGAGCCCUGAUGAAAAGGAGAUCUCUGAACUUUUCUUAUUGUAUCUAAGGGUCUCAAGCUUUGCUAGAGGGGAGUAACAAGUCGCUGGACCCUCUUCCCAGGGGUGAGGGAAGGGAGAGCUUGCCCGCACAGCUUCUGUAGGGUAUUGGGAAGAAUCUCAUUUAUCAAAAGCUGAAAGGAGGUGCUGGGGCAUGUCUUGGACUUGAGCUGGCGGCAGGAAGAGGAGGGAGUGUGCUUGCGUUUGGUCUCCUCUUUUUAUUUUGGUGUGGUUUGGAAGCAGGGAAAUAAAAUGCCUCCUCCUCCAGAGCUGCUCCCUGUGUGGGGCUCAGAUGCAGCAUCUGCAUUUAGCUGAAGAAGAUAAAGGAAGGGCAAAUACAAGCACGCACCGAGCACCUGGCAGGACCGAAUGUAUUGUGUGAAAAACGUACCGAUGCCUGCCUCUCUCUUUCUCUCUCUCUCUCGCUGUCAUCUAAUGCAGUGCUGUAGUUAGACUCUCCAGUGUAGAGCCUGGUCCGAGGGGUGUGCUGAAAUGCCACGCUUCCAGAUAAGUGGUAAAAUAACAGUGCCAGGACUCGCAGACUUGUGCUCGGGGUCACUCAUGCCUCUGCUCCUCAUGACACAGUAACGGAGAGGAAAAAACCCUUACCAUGGUUUGCCUCUUUCAGGACUGCUUGGGGAAAAAAAGUUCGCGGAUGCUGGAGCAGAGUGUCGGGGAGUGGCUGGAGUCCGUUGGCCUGCAGCAAUAUGAGAGUAAGCUGCUUUUGAACGGCUUUGAUGAUGUCCGCUUCCUGGGCUGUAACGUCAUGGAAGACCAGGACCUGCGGGAGAUCGGCAUCAGCGACCCGCAGCACCGCCGGAAGCUCCUGCAGGCAGCUCGCUCCCUCCCGAAGUUGAAACCUCUGGGCUGCGAUGGGAACAGCCAGCCUUCGGUUCCUGCAUGGCUCGACUCUUUGGGGCUGCAGGAUUACAUUCAGUCCUUCCUCUCGAGUGGCUACAGCUCUAUUGACGCUGUGAAAAACCUCUGGGAGCUUGAAAUAGUAAACGUGUUGAAAGUGAAUCUGCUUGGCCAUCGGAAGAGGAUCAUUGCUUCCCUGGCAGACAGGCCGUAUGAGGAGCCACCAGCCAAGCCGCCGCGGUUCUCGCAGCUGAGAUGCCAGGAUCUGAUGUCCCAGACGUCCUCCCCCCUGAGCCAGAACGACUCCUACACGGGCAGAUCUGCUGAUCUCCUGUUGCCCUCCGGGGACACCUCGAAGAGGCAACAUGACCGUGGCACUGAUGUUGUUCCAUAUCCCAGAGCCGAGCGCUACAAAGCUCAGGAGGACCGCCGUGAGUCAAAGCUGACCCUGCGCCCCCCCAGCCUGGCUGCCCCAUAUGCCCCAGUCCAAAACUGGCAGCACCAGCCGGAGAAGCUAAUCUUCGAGUCCUGCGGGUACGAGGCCAAUUACCUGGGCUCCAUGUUGAUCAAAGAUCUCCGAGGGACGGAGUCUACGCAGGAUGCCUGUGCCAAGAUGAGGAAAUCCACAGAGCAUAUGAAGAAGAUCCCAACCAUAAUACUGUCCAUCACAUACAAGGGGGUGAAGUUCAUUGAUGCCUCUAACAAGAAUGUCAUUGCUGAGCAUGAGAUCCGGAACAUCUCCUGCGCUGCUCAGGACCCCGAGGAUCUCUGCACGUUCGCCUACAUCACCAAGGACCUGCAGACCAGCCACCACUACUGCCACGUCUUCAGCACCGUGGAUGUGAACCUGACCUAUGAGAUCAUCCUCACAUUGGGGCAGGCGUUUGAAGUCGCCUACCAGCUGGCCCUCCAAGCCCAGAGGGCGAAGCCUCUGGGUGCUGCAGCAGGAGAAAUGAUCGAAACAAAAUCUUCCAAACCGGUGCCUAAGCCGCGAGCCGGCGUGAGGAAAUCUGCACUGGAGCCCUCUGAAGUGGACCAAGACUCCCAGUCUCAUGCCAGUGUCUCCUGGGUUGUGGACCCCAAACAGGACUCCAAGCGGACCCUCAGCACUAAGUAUGAGACCACUAUCUUCUAAAGCAAAAAAAACCCUGUGUCCACCUAGUCUAACCGUGCCUUUGCGAUCUGAUCUGUCUGCUGUUCUAAACUCCCUCUUCCUCCAGCUGCUCACACUGAGCCCCGCGUAGGCACUACGUCAAAGGCAGCAGCACUUAGGAGACUGUAGACUUAAACGGCUUUUGUACCUGAUCACUACUGAACACUGUGAAUUCUCCUUACUCGGAAACAAGGGUAACACGCUGUUAGAUAUCUGUGAGGUGGGAGGUGCAGAGGGAUGCAGGCUGUGGGAAUCUGAGAUGUGGAUCCAGGAAGCCGCCUGCCAUUUUCACGUCUUUCCCCUCGCUCUGGCACUGUGAAUCUCUGGGGCAACGUGACACUCCCCAGGCCUUUUUUCUAUUUCACGUUCUUAUCCUUGGACUGAUGGAGACUUCUUGUCUCUGCGGUGCACGCACUCCCUCCUCCUAGAUUCUCUACUUCCCAACUGAGCCACGGCUGUGUACUGUUCCAGUGAACUCACCCCUCUUCUUAUCUGUCAUUUGAAUUGACACUAACCACUGUGAUACUAUCUGCAAAUAACACUUUCACUAGAUUUCCUGGCGGGGACCCUGCCCACAAUCUCUCUCUCCUUGAAGCCCAGAGCAGAAAACCUGGUUGUGUGCUCUGAUGGGAGCGCUGAUUUGGGCUGGGGUGAUCGUUCCCACAGUGAGCUCUGACCCUUCUCGGAGAUCAGGCCUCCGGGCAGUGCCCUGCAGAAGCUUUUUGGUUGCAUGCAUUUCAGGCCCUUGUAGGGUUUGCCCCGUAGUUUUUCUGUUUACACUCUCCAACUUCUUGUGAGCUAUGCGCGUAGUUCUCAUUUUCCAGACUGUAAAGGGGUUAAGCUUUUAAAGGCACAUGUUGUUAGCACUGUGUUGGGAAGGAAAGGAAGGAGGCUGGAGACUGUGGUGUGAGAUGUCUGAUAAAGUGGGCAGAGCU